AUGAGUCAAACUAUCAUCACUUCAAGACUCAGAGAACCUUAUGUGGCAGUCACAUGUGCUCAUUGUAAAGCCACACUCGAAUACUUACCACCCCCAAAACCCACAUCAUACUUAAUCCAAUGUUCACAAUGUUCAAAAACGUUUUCACCACCUGGUUCAUCAAAUCCUACUUCUACUUCAACUCCUCCUAAACCUAAUCCCACUACCAAAAAAAGUGGUAGUAGAAGGAUCGGGACAGAUGAAAGACCAUUGGAAACUGAGUUUUAUGAUGUACUUGGAAUUAGUCCUCAAGCUACUAGUGGGGAAAUUAAAUCGGCUUAUAGAAGACUUGCACUCAAGAUGCAUCCGGAUAAGAACCCUGAUGAUCCUACGGCUGAAGAUAAGUUUAAAACAUUAGCUAGGGCUUAUAAUACACUUUCGGAUCCUGCUUUGAGGAAAAAGUAUAAUGAGUUUGGUAAACAACAAGAUAUUGAAGAAGGAUUUGUGGAUCCUGAAGCCGUUUUUUCUACGUUGUUUGGUGGUGAAAGGUUUCAAGAUAUAAUUGGUACUAUCUCACUUGGACAAGAAAUGAAGACAGCCUUACAAAAAGAAUCAGAAGAAGAAGAGAUUGAAGGAAGUAAUGAAACCCAACUAGUAUCCAAAUCGACUCCAUCCGUCUCACCCCCCAAACCGAUUUCGAAAAGUACCAAAGCAAACCUUACAGCCGAACAGAAAGCCAAGAAAGCAGAACUAGCUCAAAAAGAAUCGGCCGAACGUGCAAGAGUGAGAGAACUGAGAGUCAGCCAUCUAGCGGAAGUUUUAACCAAAAAAUUAUACUUGUAUACUGAACAAGCAGAUCAAGAAGUAGAUGAACAGAUCAUCAAUAGUGUACGGAUGAUAUGGACGAUUGAAAAAGAGAUGUUAGCAGAAGAAAGUUUCGGACCUGAAUUACUACGUACGGUGGGACAAGUGUAUGUUGCGAAAUCGAAACGAUACUUAUCAGCCACUACAUCAGGAGGAUGGGGAGGAGUAGGGUUAGUAGGUGGAUGGAUCCAUAGUGCUAAAUCUACAGCACAUGUGUUUUCGGAAACUGUAGGAGCUGUUCGAGCUGCUUAUGAUGUUAAAGCAGUUUUUGAUGAGAUUGCAAAAGCUGAAGCGGAAGGUGGAACAGGUAUGACAGAAGAAAGGAAAAAGGAAUUGGAAGAAGAAGCUGCAAGGAAAGGAUUGAGAGCUUUGUUUAAAGGUGCAAAGUUGGAAGUCGAAAGUGUUAUUAGAGAAGUUUGUGAUAGGAUACUUGAAGAUCCUGGUUUAUCACGUGAACAAGCUAGGAAAAGAGCUGUUGCAUUAGAAAUUCUUGGUUCUGUUUAUGAAACUGCUCAAAAUAAAAAUGGUGAAGAUCCACUUGGACUUGAAAGUGGUUAUGUAAAAGUAGAUAAAAAGAAACCUACGAGCACUACAACUACCAGUACACCUAAAGCCUAA